ACGCGUCGAUAAGAAAGGGGACGUGGUUUCCAUUCUCUUUAGUUUUAUGAGGCAGCAGGAGAAAUUUAAAUUCCUUUUCAUCCACAGAAACUCAGCCUCCGACUGCUCCUGCUCUCCUGCUCCUCUACUUCCAGAGCUCCGCCAUGGCAAGUAAGAAAGGAUCCAAAGGCGCCCCGAAACUCAAAGACGGGAAAACUCAAGCUGGCAGUAAGAAUGGGAAGAAGGCCGACUCUGGAUCCAGCGGCAGCUUCUUCACCUGGUUCAUCGUCCUGGCCCUGCUCGGUGUCUGGACUUCUGUAGCCGUGGUCUACUUUGACCUGGUUGACUAUCAGGGAGUCCUUGACAAGGCUAAAGGCUUACAAAUUAACCUGUCAGAGACCUUGCAAGGUAAACUGGUGGCAUACGAUACAGAUGGCGAUGGUGAUUUUGAUGUCGAAGACGCUAAAGUUCUUUUAGGACUGAAAGAGAAAGCUGUUGUCAUCACUUCCCGAAGCGAUCACGCUGCUGCCCCAGUGGAGACUCUUGAAGCCGAACCCACACCAGAGGCUGUCGUUGAGCCCGACCCUGUACUCGUGGAGGAGAUAAUUGAAGCUGCUGUAGCAGAGGACACUUCUGCUCCACCAUCAGAGCCUGAACCAGAACCUGAAGCAGAACCUGAGGAAGAGCCUGAACCAGAACCUGAGCCAGAGCCUGUGGAGAUUCCUGAGGUGAUUGAGGAGGAUCCAGAGGUGCUGGAGGAGGAGGCUCCUUUCGUAGAAGAGGAGGCCCCUGCACAAGAGGCCCCUGAAGAGGAGGCCCCUGCACAAGAGGCCCCAGUCGAGGAGGCCACAGAGGAGGCUGCUCCAGCUGAGGAGGAGCCAGUAGCUGAAGAGGUUGAAGAGGAGAUGAUGGCAGAAGAGCCUGCAGAGGAGGAGGCAGCUGAGGAGCCAGUAGAGGAAAUGGCUACAGAGCAGGCUGUGGAGGAGGAUAUUGCUGACGAAGCUGUGGAGGAACCUGAAGCAGAGGCUGCAGUGGAGGAAACCAUGGAGGCCGAGGCUGUAGAGGAGGAGGCCGAGGCUGUAGAGGAGGAGGCCGAGGCUGUAGAGGAGGAGGCUGUAGAGGAGAGCGCUCAUACAGAAGAAGCUGAGGAAGAGGAGGCUGCUGAGGAGCAAUUUGAAGAAGAGGUAGCUCCUUCAGAAGAAGCUGUUGAGGAGGUAUUGGAAGAAGAAGAGGCAGCUGAGGAACCUGCUGAGGAAGCUGUUGAAGCGGUAGCAGUAGAAGAGGAGGCAGCACUGUCAGAGGAGCCUGUGGUGGAGGAAGAAGCACCUUCAGAGGAGCCUGUGGUGGAGGAAGAAGCACCUUCAGAGGAGCCUGUGGUGGAGGAAGAAGCACCUACAGAGGAGCCAGAGGAGGAAGAAGCACCUUCAGAGGAGCCAGAGGAGGAAGAAGCACCUUCAGAGGAGCCUGUGGAGGAGGCUGCUCCUUCAGAAGAAGCUGUUGAGGAGCCUGUGGAAGAGGAGGAAGCUCCAGAAGAAGCAGUCGAGGAGGUUGAAGAUGAGGCAGCAGCCCCAGAGGAUACUCCGGAAGAAGUGGAGGAGCAAACAGUCCCAGAGACAGAAGAAGUAGCCCAAGAGGUAGAGGAGACAAAAGAAGAAGCAGCUGAGUUUGUCGAGACAGAGGAACAGAUUCUGGAUGAGCCCACAGAAACGUAGAGGCUGCAGCGGUCGUCGUGGUGACGGAGCAGGGACCCAGUGACGUUGCAUCAGCACCAUCUGAGUGCGCUCAGAACAAUGGUGCAUUUUUCCACACCCGGGGAACGAAUGAGUCGUUGUGACAACAACCCACCCCUCAACCCUCAACCCUCCCACCCAUCUUUCCCCCUCGGUUUUCACAAAAUUUCCUUUUAGUGUGACAAAUGGCUGAAAACUGUUUACUAAUAUGGUACUCCUGUUUUUACCAUUGUUUUUUUUCCUUCUUAGUUUUUGUUCACUAUCUUUUUUUCGGUUGAGCACCCAUUUCCAGUUUUGCUCAAGGUGGUUUAGUGUGCGUGCGUGCGUGUGUGUGAGUGGCCAAAUGCCGAGGCAAUGUGACAUCUUUGUGCUCUCCUUGCAGCAGGUCCACCAGUGUCUUGGGCUGUAACAGCAAAGGAUCUGGAACUGUACUUUGAAAUUUCUCUGAGAUUGGCUUCUUGUAUUUAAAUACAAUUUCCAGGCAAAAUGAGGCCAUGACUUAAGACCAAUCUUUGUCACUUAAUCAGGAAGUUUGCUUAGCUCCCCCUCUGUAGCUGUGGAAAUUCAGAAUUAAGCAGCUCAGCCCCACUCACCAGUUUUCUUUGGCCUCGGUUGUAGAUUCUAUGCAAAGCUGUCGUACAGUCUGUCACCUGCCUCCCCUCUUCCGCAUCCUCACCCCUCCUCACCCAUCCAGUUUAUUUACCACUCAGUAUGUGUCGAUUCCAGGCCGAGCCACAAGCUAGCAUGUGAACUUGGAGAGAGUGUGUACAUGAAUGUGUGUGUGAAUGUUAUACUCAUGAGUGUUUUGACAAAUCUCCUUCUACUCUAUCUUUUCUGUGAGAAUCAAGUGUCAUGAUGUCGUUUUGAAGAUUUUUUUCUCCUUCAGUUUGUCUCCUAAUAACAUGUGUGUGGUCUAUAUAGACUUUUAAUUUUUUUCAUAUUUCAGACAUGGAUACUAAGAGCAUCUAACCAGGUGAUCAAACAGGUUUCAACUGAAGUUGCAACAUGUAACUUCAGUUUGCAUGUUCACAGUUUGAACUGUGAUGUAACGUGGGCCACUGUUGCUGGUGCGAAGCUGUCACGUGGUGGUGUCAAGAUUCUUUCUAAGAAAACACCAGCAACAUGGAUAGUUGGGCUGAAGCAGUUAACCCUGUGUGAGACAGAAUGCAUUUCUGUAAUCGUAGCUUCAGUGUAAAAAAGUGAUUUCUGGCUCAUAAAGGGUUAAAUAGAUCAGGAUCCAUGUUCCUGUGGAAGAGCAGUCAUUACUAACCAACUGAUGCCAGUAAAUUGAACCAACAUCCUUUUUUUCCCUCUUCAGCAGUGUAACUUUACUGCUUUGUUGGUUUAAGGGAAACCUAUUUACUGUAUCCUUUUCCUCUGAAACAUCAGUUUGUCUGUAUGAGCUUUUCAAAACAUUGAUGCAGACCCAAAAGAUCAGAGCCCAACACAUCAUUUCAUGAAUUACUCCAUCAAAUCACAGAACAAAAAAGCCAAAUGAGAUCUUUCUCUGUCUAUAUUUUGGAGUAAGGGCGACCUGAUGUUUUGGUUAUCGUUCUUUUUUUCGCCCCUGUUCUAAGUGUGUAUCACCUUGCUCUGGAUAGGAUGAAUUACUGUGACUGAGGUGGUGUGGGACAGUGGCUGCAGCAACUUGUGCAGCACAUUUUCCUUUGGAUACUGACAGUGAACUCUUUGUAGAGCUGACAUUGUAGGAAUUAUUGCAACACAACAUUACAGUGGGAGGAGGGCGACAUUAGAGAAACAUUCCUCACUUUUUAAGAAUUCUCAUGUCCCGCGUGUGUGUAGUCCUCACAUACUGUGACUAGCGGGCUGUUUUUAGGGAUGUAGCGCACCCUAGUGGUGAGCAGUAGCUGUUUCUGUAGGAUGUUUUGUCCCGUUUCUCUGUAACACUAGCUGGUCUUUUCUACUUCCUACCACUUUGUAAGUCAAUGUGAAUUGUCCAAUCUUUUUAACAUUGAAGAUUGCAAUCUUUACCAAGAGAGCUUCUAGAUUUUUAAAAGGAACAUUUUUUAAAAGAACCUGGAGAAAUAAAGAACUUAAUUUUCUGAAAAUGCAUUAAAAGCUUUUUUUACAAAGCCAUAAGCUGUUUGUCAGGCAGGUAUAAGGGGCAGUACUACUUCAACACAAAAAAUGUAUUCUUGUUCACAAGGAAAAGCAAUACAAGUCAAACCGCAGAGGGGCCACAUUGCAGCGCCCGGUGAAAGUUUGUCAUUCCUAAUCUUUGGUCAGAAGUCAUGUACAUGCUGCAAUGGGCUGCAAUGCUUUGUUUCCAGCAUACAGCGUCUGGGUUUAGUGAGCUCAGGGGUGUUGUUGGGAAAUAUUACUUUUUGGUUUAUAAAAACGGCUCAAUCUCUCAAAGUUUUGUCCAUCGAUCAUGACCUUCAGUGUGUGGAUCUGAUACUGUCCUGUAGACGAUGACCAUGGUGAUUAAAUUAUUGUGAUGUACUGACAAUGAUGGGCUGUUCAUGGAGAUUUGAAGUAUUACGGUUUUCUGUAAAUGAUCUGUUAUGCGAGCUGAAAUAAAAGGUUUGGGACAACACAA